AGCCUGGCUCGAGCGCGCCGCCUAGCUGUUGGACGCCUUCGGAGCCUGCUUGAGGCUUGGCGAAGGGGUGGCGCGCCAAUCCUGCCCGGCGAUGGAUGUGGAUGACGACCUCAUGCCGCCGCCAGGCGGCCCUGCGGAGGACGACUCCGAUGACGGGGAGCUCCCCCCCGACAUGGGACUGCCCGGGGGCUCAGAGCUCCCGGAUGGAAUUCAGAAGGAGAUCAUCAACGAGGCAGAUCCCGACAACUGGAAGAGGCCGAAGUCGGGCGACGAGGUGACGGUCCACUACGUCGGCAAAUUGGCGUCCGACGGAUCGGUGUUUGACUCGUCGAGAGACAGGCAGACGCCGUUCGUCUUCACCCUUGGCAAGGGCGAAGUGAUCGCAGGCUGGGACAAGGGCGUCGCCACGAUGAAGAAGGGCGAGCUCGCCACGUUCACGAUUUCCCCAGAGUUCGCCUACGGGGCCACAGGCCAGCCGCCCAAGAUCCCAGAGGAUGCCACCCUAAUCUUUGAGAUCGAGCUGCUGUCCUUCGUCGCCAAGGACGACCUCUUCGGUGAUGGGUCCGUGAUCAAGACAGUGUUAGUGGAGGGCACCGGGUGGAAGCAGCCUAAGCUCGACGAUGAGGUGUUCAUCGAUGUGCAGGCCACCGUGGCGGCGGGAGGGCCCGCGAAGGACUGGGCCGGCCUGGAGUACAGGCUGGGCUCCAGCGCCCUGGGGUCGCUGGGCAGGGCCUGCGACGCCGCCCUGAAGGGCAUGAAGAAGGGCGAGGAGGCCCUGCUCAGGUGUACCAAAUAUUAUUCAUGUGAAGAUUGGUCCGAUGGCGUGGAGGUGACCAUCAAGUUGCAGGAGAUUUUCGAGACGAGCGACAUCUCCUUCAGGAAAGACGGUGCCGUCAUCAAGAAGCGAACUCGAGAUGGCGAGGGUUAUGCCACACCGACGGAGGCUUCGAAGGUGACACUAAGUGUGGAUGACGCGCGGCAAGCUGACGCGCUGGUCCCGGGCUUUGCGAGCCAGGUGCUGGAGUUCACCCUCGGCAGCGGGGAGGUGUGCGACGCGCUCGAGUGCGCGGCCGCGAACAUGAAGAAGCUCGAGCAGGCGACGCUGACCGUGGCGCGCCCGGAGCUGGCCGCGGAGGCCAGACUGGGCCUGAAGGACGUUGGCGCUGGUGGCGAGUCGAUCGUCCUCAAGCUCGAGAUGAAGGAGUUCGAGAAGGGAAAGGAGACGUGGGACAUGUCGGACGAGGAGAAGCUGAAGUUCUGCGACGAGCGCAAGGCCCUCGGGAAUUCGCUCUUCAAGGCGGGCAGGCUGGACCUGGCCCUCGGGCGCUACAAGAAGGUCGGUGAUGUAUUCUCAUACGUCGACAAUUUCCCUGAAGACGUCAAGGCAAAGGCACAGGAAUUGAAGCAGGCAUGCGAGCUGAACAAGGCUAUGUGUUAUUUGAGGGCCCGCGGAUUAACAACUAUGACGAGGCCAAGGCUGCUUGCAACAAGGUGUUGAAAGACGACAAAGGCAGCCCUCGGGAGGAUAAUGAGGAGUAUAAGCAGGAGCAGGAGGGCACGAAGAUGGGAACAUGAUUAGCAUGUGUGCCAGGAAACAUGUUAUCGACAAGGCCGACUGCGAGCAGCUCUGCCAAUGACUGUGCAUUUCAACCAUGUGUCAAAGCAGCGCGGUCUCUGUCGCCAAUGCCGAGGAAAUGGCGCUGUGGCCGUGCCUUCUGUCGACAAGAGGGUACGAGGCAGAAAUUCGAGAGCCAGCUUGGUGCGCCGACUACCAGAAUCGAUGCAGCGGCUACGGGUGUUUGUUGCAGUGGGUCCCGUAGUACGCUGUUCAUCGCAUUUGCAUGUUGCCUGAAUGUUGGGUGGCAUCGUCGUAGUCAUUGCGUUGCUACGCUCUGGCCCGCCACGUAGUUUAAGGUACUGUCUGCUGCAAAGCGGCGUGUGCAUGGGAGGCUCUCCCUGGUUUGCCCGCCCAGACAUUCCGUGCUCCGUUGGGUGAUGUUGUGAGGGGGUGCAGCUGGCCUGGUCAGGACAUGUUGCCAAAUCAGCGGACAUUUGCGGGACGACGGUGAGGGACGUCUUUGUGACAGUGUGCGGAAUGGCAUGCCUAUGUGGUUUCUCGCUCUUCAUUGCACUGCCAGCCACUGGAUGUGGAAGGAAUGAGUGCCAGCAGCAUGACAUGGCUGAAACGUAUGCGCAGCAGGAUGUUCAUGGUCUGUUCUCAGCCGCACAAGGAAGGAAAAGUAAAAACUGGGAAACCAUUUGCGAUUCUGUGCCAGCUUCGCUGCGGCCGCCGUCGCCGCCGACGUCGUGGUCGUCGCCGUCUUUGCCGUCCGAUUGACAUCCGCCCAGAAUUAGCCUCUGCUCCCCUCCCCGUGGAUCCCUCCUGCCCGCUUUGCCGGGUCACCCCGAGCCAUGGCGACGCGAACCCCGGAAGCGCCUCUGAUGUUCCGGAACGAUGGCGCCGGUGACGUCGCCAGCGACGUCGUCGAGAUCGCCGCCGCGAGGCAACGUGAAGGCCCUCUACAGGUGGACCCGCAGAACCGGGAGGUCAGGGCCCUGCUGAAGCAGGCCAUGGAGGGCCAGAAGGAGGUGAACAGACAGGCGAAGGGGAUGUACACGAACAUGGUGAAGGCUUUGGGCAAGAAGUAGGCGGACGGGCAAGUCCUCAGGUGGGGGAAGCUCCGCUCCUUUUUGAUCUGGCCUGCGGCUGCCGGCCGGGUCGGCAUCAUGCUGGCAGUGAUACGGGACAGUUCAGGAAAUGAGUUAUAGGUGUCAGUUGAAGGCAUUGUUUUCUGACAUGGUCUUCGUUAAGCCGCUUGCGCGCAACAACACGUCAUGGUGUGCCACUUGCGUGUGCGACAUGCGAGAGCAAAGUUUGUUCGUGCACCUUCUGCGGC